AUGGCUGCCACAGCUCUGUCCUGGUGUCUGUCCCUCUACGUCCUCCUCUUGCCCUUGCCUGCACCUUGGGUGUCUGCAGCAGUGAACGACUGUCCCCAUCUUAAGUGCUUCUACGAUUCAAGAGCCAAUGUCUCCUGCACGUGGAGCCCAGAAGAGACCUUUCAGGUCACACACUGCCAAAUCCAAGCCAAGUCAGACCAACGGUCCUGGAACACAACCUGUAAUCUAUUUCCUGUGACUCAGGCAUCCUGGGCCUGCAACCUGAUCCUUGGACGCCCAGAUUCCCAGUGUCUGAACGCUGUGGAUAUCCUCAACGUAAAUGUGAUGUGUUGGGAAAGAGACAACUGGCGCAGAGUGAAGACCUGCAGAUUCCGUCCCUUUGACAAGCUUCGCCUGCGGGCCCCUCAUUCACUCCAAGUCCUGCACAUUGAAACUCAGAGAUGCAACAUAAGCUGGGAGGUCUCCCAGGUCUCUCACUACCUUUAUAGUGAUUUGGAAUUUGAGGCCCGCAAACGUUCCCUGGACCACAGCUGGAAGGAUGCACCCCUGCUAAGCCUCAAGCAACGACAACAGUGGAUCUGCUUGGAGACACUUACCCCUGGCACCUCAUAUGAGCUCCAGGUGCGGGUUAGGGCCAAUCGAGGUGCCCAGGCGUCCUGGAGCCCCUGGAGCCAGCCCCUGGCUUUCCGGACAAGGCCAGCAGAUCCCUGGAAUCUACCCCUAAUGUGGCCCAGACAACUUCUCCUGGGCCUUGGUUGUCUUUUUGGCUUCAUGGUCUGUGUCUACGUUUUGUUCAAGUGCCAGUACCUGGGCCCAUGGCUGAAGACUGUUCUCAAGUGCCAUGUCCCAGACCCCUCUGAGUUCUUCUCCCAGCUGAGCUCCCAGCACGGAGGAGACCUUCAGAAAUGGCUCUCCUCGCCCUUCCCCUCAUCCUCCUUCAGCCCCAGUGGCCCUGCACCUGAGAUCUCUCCACUGGAGGUGCUGGACGGAGACAGCAAAGCCAUGCAGCUGUUCCUGCUACAGCAGGACACAGCCUCCUCACCCUCGCCCAGCGGCCACUCGCAGGCCAGCUGCUUCACCAACCAAGGCUACUUCUUCUUCCAUCUGCCCAAUGCCUUGGAGAUUGAAUCCUGCCAGGUGUACUUCACCUAUGACCCCUGCGUGGAAGAGGACAUGGAGGACGAUGGACCAGGGCUGCCCCAGGGAUCUCCCCUCCCAUCUGUGCUUCCUCUGUCUGGGGACGAGGAUGACUAUUGUGACUUCCCACCCAGGGAUGACCUGUUGCUCUUCUCCCCCAGCCGGAGCUCCCCCAACACUGCCUUUGGGGGAGCAGCAGCUCUUGAAGAAAAGCCUCCCCUCUCCGUGCAGGAGGGAUGUGCCCCGCUACCAUCCCCUGACCUGAUGGGUUUGCAGUGCCCUCUGGAGCUGGUGGCGCAGGGAGGUGACGGGGAGAGGCUGUCUGCUCAUAGCUCAGGGGAGCAGGCCGGUGUCCCCGAAGGUAGCCCCUGUGGGCAAGGUCAGGACAGGGCCCUGGCCUCUGUCUUGCCUCUGAACACUGAUGCCUAUCUGUCUCUUCAAGAACUACAGGCCCAAGAUCCAGCCUACUUGGUAUAG